GGAAGAGAGAGAUAGCAGGACAAACUGGUAGCAGGCCCCUGAGCAUGUACGGAAAUGUUGUCAUCAGUUCCACAGAGGAAGACUCGGUGGAAAUCAAAGAAGAUGGUAAAAGUCACGAGAUCCUAUCCAAUCUUCCCCUUCUUGAAUGUCUGGGAAGAAGUCAGGGGUCUGUUGCCUGUGGAUGGGGAGCCAAACCCUGGCGUGGGCCUGGGUGUGGAGGAGGGACUGCUCUGCCAGAUGGUUCAUUCGCCAGAAUUCAACCUCUUUCCUGACUCAGUGGUGUUUGAAAGCAACUUUGUCCAGGUCAAAAAGGGCAGGAACUGGGUAGACAUCUACAAAGCCUCUAACACCAUGGCCGUCGGGGUGACCUCUUCCGUGCCCUGCCUGCCCCUUCCCAAUAUCCUCCUCAUGGCUAGUGUCAAGUGGCACCAGGGACAGAGCCAGACAUGGAACAGACCAUCUAAAGCCCCAAAGAUCAUCCUGAAGAGGAUUCUCCCAUUGAAGUUUGUGGAACUUCAAGUCUGUGACCGGCUUCAACGCAUCCUGCAGCUGCGGACAGUCACUGAGAAGAUCUACUACCUAAGGCUCCACCCUGACCAUCCAGAGACUGUCUUCCAUUUCUGGAUCCGACUGGUUCAAAUCCUGCAUAAGGGCCUGUCCAUCACCACCAAAGACCCUAGGAUUCUCGUCAGUCACUGUCUGGUACCCAAGAACAGCUGCAGCCCCUCCGAAGACUCUAACUCAGUACAGAAGAAACCCCAAGCCUCCCAGCCCAGCGAGAGUCUCUUGCAGCUGAUGGCCGAGGGGGAGAGUGAGGCGCUCGCUCAGAUUUUUGCUGACUUGCACCAGCCCAGCCAGUUAAGGAGUUCCAGGAGCAGCAAAAAGACACAGAUCAAAAGGGACAACUCAGAGAAAAACACUCCCAGUGAAGACAGCAUCCCUUGUACCCCCGACCUCCGUUGGAGGGAUUCGUUCACUUAUGGAGAGUGGGAAAGAGAGAACCCCUCAUGUCCGCAGCCCCUUUCGCUCCUCAGCACUCUGGCAGCCUCCAUGGGACCACAGCUGGCCCCACUCAUAGGAAACUCUAUUUGAACCACCCUUUCAUACUGAAGAGAAUCUAUGCAGCCUUCACCAACACCACUCUGCAGCCUUCAGCUUUCUGAGGGACUCUAAACUGGAUGUGGGGGAGAAAGCUGCAACUAAGGAAACAGUAGAACCAUCUCACGCUGAUAGCAUAGCCUUUCCUUGGAGAACCAUUUGGGAGCACGGCUCCGGCUCUGAGUGAGAAGCAUUAUUCCUGCAUCAUUUGUAACUCCCUGUACUCUGGGUCCACACUACCACCUCUUACCACACCUCACCUCCAUUCCACCACCAGUGCGAGCAUAAGAAGACAUGCUCUCAGAAGGACCAAGGCCAAGAGAUGGAGAGAAGGAGGGAAAGGGAAGCAGCACAGGAGGAGAGGUGGAAGAGACCAAAAUGGAGGUGAAGAGAGGAGGUGGAGGCAGGAAAUCUGAGUAGAGGGGAGAUCUCGCAGAGAGGUGGUAACAGAAGGAAACAGAGGGACCUGAAAAAGAAGCUGAAGUGGAUAAGAGAAGAAACAUACCACUGAGAGAUGCCUCACCAAGCUUCUAUUUAUCUAAUUUAAAACUUGAAAAUAAGGCCAUAUACCAAAACAGGAAAGUUUUUUCUUCUCUGUUCAGAUAACUCUGGAUAAAUAUGAGGGGCCAGAGACUCAAUCCAGCCAAGGGCCUCUCCUUAAGUUUC